AUGACCAAGAAGGGCCAACUGCAGAACUGCAAUUUGAUAAAGCACCAUAAAAGCAAGGCGCACAAGGCAGCGGUGAAGGAAUGGUUGAAGGAAGGAGGCUGUGUUGGUCCCAGUCCCGAUGCAGCCCCGUCAUUGAGUCAGUUUCAAGAGCUGAUGGAGUGCUUUGGCGACAAAAGAUCAUUGUCGCAAAAAGAGCUGCAAAUGGCAUGGUGUUUGGCAGAGGGGUUAAAAGCUUUGGACCAAAAGUUCAUUGCGAAAUCUUCUCGCAUUUCUUUGAUGCGGGAUGAGCGGCAUGGGCGGUUGGCCAUACGAUUCAUGGCUGUGGCCCCAGACUUGACAACUCGAAGUGGCUUUUUAGGCCAAGAAAGGCAAGCUGGAACAGGUUCGAAUCCCACGCACGUCCCCUUGGCAGCGAAGGAUUGGCUUCUUUGGAUUUCAGAAGAACAUCUGCUGCAGGCAGCUAUGUUGGCUGAUGCGGCCGACACAAGUCUUGCUUUAACUCGAUCCUUGGAUACGGAGCAUGUUGAUCCUGCAAAGCUGAAAGGUGACUUGCAAGUCUACAUGCGACAAAUUCGCAGUCUUUUUGUUGAAGGUCGUUGUGCGACUGUGUUCGGCUUCACCUCGACUGUUCUUACCCAAUUGAAGCUCCGUGCACAGUGGGAAGACCUGUAUCCCCGUGCCCAACUGGAAUACAAAGAACAGGUUGGCUCACUGAAAGAAAGCAAAGAUAUGGUCCACGAUGGCAACAAAGAAGCCUGGAGAGCUACUUUGGCCAGAAUCAAAAGAAAACAGGUUGACGCAGGUUUGACUGAGAGCAGCUUCCUUCGGAGACGUCGCUGCGCGGCUGCUGCGGCCGCAGAGUCAUAUUCAGGAACCCAGGAGCAAGCCGACCCCCUAUUCUUCACUGAAGGUCAUCAGAAGGAAAUGGUUUUUUUGGAAAAGAAAAGCCGCAUUAGGCGAAUUCAGGCCACUGCGGAGAAGUCCUUACCAGACGCGACUUUGCAAGAUCAACAAGACGCAGAGGCUGCUUCGGCCAGAUUUGCAGAGAAUCAAAAGAAAAGACGCGAGAAGGCAAGUAGGAUUGAAAGGCAUGUUAGCAACAAACACAGGGAUGCCUUGCUCGCCGAUUUAUCUGGCUCUAAAGCUUUCCUGGCUGUUUCGGCCAAUAUGGAAUUGACUGCAAGUUUAGCCAACAAUGGAAUCCAAGUGACAGCGCAAGCCUCCCAAGCACAUGUCAUUGUUUGCGACAAGCCAGGUGAAAGCUUACUGCCAGCAUCCCUACAACUGAUGAUAGGUUUGCGAGGCUUGGUGGAAGUUUCCCCAUCUUUUUUUACUGUUGGAAACGGUUCUGCUUUGAAAUUUCAUCGCGCUGUUUCGGUGCGUAAAGUUGUUCUUGUAAGCAAAAUAUGUGCAGAAAAGCAUGAUGCCUUUUGGAAAGAUUUUCGGCAAGCGCUUCCUGGUGGGCAUGGUUGGCAACUUCACAAAAUGAAUGCCGGCACAGUGGCACAGCUGCAGGCGAAGCAAAGGACCUUUCCGAAAUACAAAGCAUACGCAGUCAUUCAUGAGGAUGAAACAGAUGCGGUCAGUGAAGGGGACAAGCAAAUUUUCACCAUCCAGACUUUCUUGCAUCGCAUUCGUCGCGCAGACAUGGUAGAGUCGUGGGUGGCUGCUUCGGCCUGCUGCUGCGGCCUGCCUGGCUGGCUGCUUCCAGCCAUGCCUGUCCAGCUUCGCGUUCCCCGAUUGGUUCGUGUGGGGAGUGAUUUCUCUGGCUUGGACACAGGCAUUUUCGCUUUGAAGCGGUUGCAGCUGCCGGUGGAAGUUUCAUUUUGCAGCGACACAGACCCACACUGCAGAAAACUACUGGAAGCUGCUCACAAGCCAAAAUGUUUUUUCGACGAUGCCGAACAACGAAAGCCAGAGGAUGAGAUCCCUGUGGACGUAUACAUUAGUACCCCGCCAUGCCAGCCAUGGAGUUCACAGGGAAAAAGGAAAGGUCUCCAAGAUCCCCGGGGGAGGUUGCUGAAAGUGCCUUUGAGGUAUACAAAGCGGCACAAACCAAGGGUCUUUCUGAUGGAGAAUGUGAAGGGUCUCUGCCACCGGAAAAACAAACCGGUACUCCGCGGCAUCCGAGCCACGUUAGAGAAGCUGGACUACAGGGUCUGGCUUGGAGUCUUAAACGCUGUGGAUUUCCAAAUCCCGCAAAAGAGACAAAGGCUCUUCAUUGUCGCGAUCCGCAAAGACUCCUGCAGGAGACCUUUCAAGUGGCCCAAAAAACUCGGUAAGCGAAGGCUGUCAGAGGCCUUGGACCCGAUGCAGGCUGCAGAUCGGCCUGGUCGGUUGCCGAAAAAUCAAAGAGCCAAGGCUUUGGCUUUGGCUGCCUGCCGAAAAGUUAACAAGGAGGGCAUUGACCCACGACAGGUUCCUGUUGCCAUAGACGUCGGCUGCAGCCAAAAAUAUGCCACCUUUGGCAUUGAUGUCAGCCGCACCUUGAGCCAAGCUCGCGCCAAGACAGAAGCGGAGACUGACGAGGCAAACUUCUGUCAGUAUGUCUAUGUGACACAGCUUUUUGUCAAAGAGAAGCCAGCAGAUUUCUUCGGUCUCGCAGAGAUGGAAGACGUGUACGAAUGCACUCGCAAUGCCAUUUUUUGGUGCUACUGCCACCUGGCCCCAGACAUCAGAUCUGAAUUUGAAUGGCAGAUUGUGAUUGCACUGGACAUGCUGACGACUUUGCGUUACACAGAUCCCGACAGCUUCCCAGACAGCCGAAUUGUCGCUGGUUUGCCAGAUGCGGUGGAAGAAACCAAGUUGCCCCUGACCCAUGCAACCAAGCGCGACUUCUAUGUGGCCACGCUCUUCAUCAGCUAUCUCGACGCUUGCCCGCUGAAUUAUUGUGGCUUCAGAUGGUCUACGUUUCGUGAGAACCUGUGGGAGUCCUUCAACAAGGCAGUCCAGAGAUCAGAAGUAAACAAUGAAUUGAAGAUUGGACACUUCUCAGGAGAGGGCGAUUUGCCCUCUCCAACCGCAGGAGAGGUCGUCGUCUUCACAGGUCGUCAUGUUGAGCUUGGCUGUUUCGGCCACCCUGGCUGCUUCGGCCACUUCGCCUUCGUCGUCAGUGAGGCUGUUUCGGCCUGGAGUGCUGACAUGCCAAGCCCCAUGGACUCAGGGUGGGCGCCCAUGUUGUGUAUCGACUGUGGUGGCGUCUUAACCCGUUAUGGAGAUGUCAAGUACGACGGCGAGGAAAUCUACAAGGCGACGAUGCCAGGAGCAUGGGCUUUCCUGCUUUUGUGGCAGGCUUGCUAUGGCGAAGAUGCUGUGAGAAUCAUUUCGAAGGUGAAAUGGUUCCCACACAAAGAGAAGCAUUGGGUGGUGAGACACGCGAUGUCUCUUGGGUUGUCCUCGGACCAGGUCUUCUUGACGGAUCAGAACAGCAACAAAGGAUACUACGCGCGCCGCUCCAAUGGCACCGUGGUCGUCGACGACAGGCUGGAUUGCUUGCAGAGCAUGAUGAACGGAAGCUCAAAAAGCCUGCAGACAGCUGUCCUGUUCGGGGGCGCCGAUCCACGAAACGAGAAAAAGGUGCACUGCAUCAGCGACUUCAGAGACCUUGCCGUCUUGCUGGAGGUCUACCCGAAUGGUACGGUUUGGGACUGGCUCAUGGACGAAGGCCCUCCAAACAAACCUCAUGACGAAGCAGUGCGAGACGACCUCCUGCAACGCUUGAAGGCCAUGGACGACGCCCGAGCCUGGCUACCAACUUCAACGGCAAACAAAAGAAAGGUUGAGGCUGCAUCGGCCUUGUCGUCGAGCAACUGGGUCCCAAAAGGUUCUGCAGCGCCCGCCGGCGACAAUGACGACGAUGACGAGCGUCCGCCGCCUCCAGACAACGUCGUCUUUUUGUACCGCAAGUCUGCUGCAAAAAAACCAGUCAAGAAGGAAUCGCCGCCGCCGUCGACGAGACCGCCAAAGCAAUCCACAAUCAAAGAAGAGCCGGACUACGGCGGCGACCAGGCCGACGACGACAACGACGACAAUGACAAUGAACAGGAAAGCAGUUCAGAGGAGGACCAGGAGGAGGACACAGAAAGCGAGGCCAAAAAACUUCGACGAAGUUCCUCCAAAAAAUCCGGCAGCAGGCGGCGAAGCACUUCCACUGAUGCCAAGAUCAAAGACUUGCAAAAUCAGGUGAAGCAGCUGCAGUGGCAGCAACAGGCUGGGUGGUACUACCCGUACUACCAGGCCGCGGCGGCUGCUUCGGCCGCGCAAGGCAGCCAGCCGGCGGCACCGGCUGCAUCGGCCGGGCCGCCGCCUUGGGGGGGCCGACGUCCGGAUUCGAGCUGGACGCAGGCAAAGAUGAAGCGUGCCGAGCAGCACCGUGCUACCGGAGGGCAGACGGCAGAAUCAGCCGGGCGCAUAUUGCCCUGCCAGGUGCUGCAGGAGGUGCUGCACGCAGUCGAGUUGCCCACAGCACCAUGGCUGAAUCGGCCAUGUGCUGACUGGCCUUCACUGGCUGCUUCGGCCAGGGCGAAUCUUCACUGGCUGUUUCGGCCAGACGGUAGCACCACUGGCUGUUUCGGCCAGACGGCAGCAUGGCUAAGACGGCCGUGCGACACUGGCUGCUUCGGCCAGGUCAAUGACGACGGAACGCGACAGUGGAAAGGGGAAAAAAGCAAGCAGGGACAUCAGGCUCAUUGGAUUAAGGUGCAUGAUGCUUUGGCCCGAAUUUUCUCACACGAAUUAUUCAAAGACAUAUUGACAGCAGACCCUUUGUCUGUCAAAGAUGGCGGCAGAGAGGCAGCACUCGACGCUACUCAGGCUGCUUCGGCCUUGAAAAACGCUGGCGUCUAUAAGUGUGCCGCCAAUUUUUUCCAUCAAGACUUCCUUUUCAUGGCCACGCACAAAGUGCCUAUGAACGAAGCGCAGGUGCAGCAAAUCAAAGACUAUUGGUUUCCCAAAAAUGAACCGCCGUCAUUGUGCCCCUUUGUCAUCACAGUCGCUUUGGAAACCCCUGGCUGCAUCGGCCAACGUCCACAAAACGGUUUCCAACGUCUCAGUCCUCCAGAGCCGGUACACGCCUUGCUGUUUGCACUGGCUGAAGCCAUUGAAAGCAAAGCAAAAGUUGGAGUAUUGCGCGCUUUCAGAAGUUGCAUCCUCACUGCGACCUUUGUGUUCGAAAUCUGUCCUGUUGGUGAAGACCGCUACUGGCGUGCACAAAACAUUCGUGAAGAGAUGGUUGAAAAGGGUUUGUCGGUUCAGUUGUCAUUGCGCCAGCGUAUAUUUGAUAUUGCAGGUGUCAAGCAGUUUUGGAAUGGUGUGACCAAAACUGGCUCACUUCGUCUGCUUGGAAAUCAAUUUACGCCUUGCAAGCAUUGCUUGACAGAGGAGGCUAAUACGGCCUGGUUGCUGGGUUGCCCGCCAAGUGUUUCUGAAAUUUGCGAGUUCCUGGAUCAACUUGUCUUUGGAUCCCACUAUGACGCAAGAUACAAGGAUGCAAUCAAGAGCAAACACGAGGUGGAAGAUUUCUUGAAUUACACAACUCUAAAGACCACCAUGGAAACCAUUGAAAAAAUGACUCGCCAAGAGGACAAGCCCGAGGGACUCAAUGGCGAUGAAGAGCAGAAAGCAAGAACGGAAGAGGAAAGACAGGAAACAGAACUGGAGGCUGCUUCGGCCUCUGAGGCUGCUGCGGCCUCUGAAGCUGCUCCGGCUUCUGAAGAAGUGGAAGACAAUGGUCUUAGUGAGGCAGACAAGGUCAUGUGGAGACAGCACAUGCGCAAGAUCCUCAACCAGCAUGUGCGAUUUGUCGCCGAUCACCGCACCAAUGUGGAAUUGGAAAGUGCCUUGAAAGAAACACCUUUCAUGUCCUUGCGCGGAGAUCAAACAGGAAUGGCCCUCUUCCACUUUGAUUUGAAAAAAUAUGGCGAGCCCACCACACGGCCAGACUUGAGAACCCCAACCUUUCGUGAAAACCUCUACACCCGGCUUGUCAAGAGCGUUCUUGCUGCGCGGCAAGACGCAAUGGGCACUCCCAACCCCAACCUUCAGGCAGGGGAAGUUGCAUUGAUUUUCGAUGCAGGAAAAAAAGGACUUAUGAAAAAGUUGCUCAGCCCAUGGAAAGAAGGAACAGCCAAAACCAAAGAGGAGGACGAAGAAGCGGAGGAUGAUGGAGAAGAAGAUGCAGAAGAGGAAGAUGACAAGCCGACCUUUUGCGUAGACACCCUGAUGAUUGGAUAUUCAGAGUCGUCGCUAUCCGCACGAAAGAAGCGGCUCCGUGGAACUUGCACUCUGAAGCAGAUGGAGUCAUGUCACAUUUUGUCAUCCAAAAGGUUGUCCCUGCCAAGCCGUGACAGAAAGCACUACGCAGGUUCAACCACUGGUAAGACACAAAACAAGGAGGAAGAGAAGCAGAACAGCAGAUCCAGCAAUGGCUUGGAGCCAGUUUGCUUUCACAGUCCACCCUAUGAGCUCUGCGACGAGUUGAUCCACGACUUUUUCGCGAAGAUCAUUAUCGAUCUGACACCUCUGGACGGCCGCAUGGCUUGGGCUGCCUUGCGAAAUCGGGUAGGGUAUGUCGGAGUUGCCUUCAACCCGGAGCACCAACGCCUUCUUGAAGACCGGCUGCUUGCUUUGCUUGAAAAGGAAAUGACAAACCCUGAGUCCAGCUUGUUUUCGUCAGCUUACAGUGAAGCCGUCGGCGGUGGCAGUGGUAAGGAUGAGCAGGAGGAAGGCGAAGAGGAAAAGGACGACAAUGACGAGGAAGACGACGACGUCUGGGAUCCUUUGGGAGACGACGACGAUGACAAUGAAGAGGACUAA